AGAGAGCGCGCGUCAAAAAAAAAAAAAAAAAUCCAACGGCAAAUGUACUAGGGCCGGCGCACGGGAAAGCAAGCAGACGAGCGACGGCUGCAGCGCCGCCCUUCGCCUCCAAACCAGGGCGGCAUAUAUAUAUUAACGACCAUGGCCACCUUGUUUCUUCAUUGGGCUAGCUCCAUUGUUUCGGUUUCAGAGCUCCUUUUACAUGAAAAGUGUCUUAUUAAGAAAGAUGUGUCGAAGAAUAUACUGGAACUAUGUUGUGGGGAAAAAAAGGAUCACGGAUUUAGUUUAAUGAUAGCAUAUUUAUUUUAUUAGUGAUGGUUAAUGGGUCGUAGGAGGAGCAGAACGAUUUAUAUCUCCAAUGAUCCUGUGGCGGUGGCCCAAAUGUACUGCUGAGUGCUUCAGGCGCAGGAAGCUUUUCCCCUGGGAAGUUUCUUCUUGCCCCUACUCCGUAAAUGCCACAUCAGUUCAGUGUGAUGACUCAAGCGGUGACGAAAAGCUGAAUUUUGCUCCUGGUAAUGAGCCUAUCCAGAAAUGGCACCGGUUUUUGACCUCUGACAAUGUUGUGCAUACACUCCGCUAUCUAAGGAGGAAACCUGCAGUUGCAUUUGCCUACUUUAAAGAUACACAUAGCCUUGGUUUUCACCAUGACUUCUCAACCUACUCAGAGAUCAUACAGAUUUUGUCCCAUUCAUUCCAGGGGAAGAUGCUGGUAUCCUUGUUUUGUGAGAUUCUCUCAGGAACUGAUAGUGGUGGCCCUGAAAUCUUAGCGCUCAUUGAUCACUUGAGAAAAACAUGUGCCACUUCUCACGUACUCUCAUAUGCAGUCAAUUGCUUAAUCAAGGCAUACACCACCUGCCAUGAUGCACAAGAAACAGUAGAUAUGUUUUGUCACCUUUGCAGGCUUGGAUUUGUUCCAACGCUUUGGGCUUGCAACUUUCUGCUCAAAUUUGUAUCUCAGAGCAGUGAUUCACAUAUGGUUGUAGCAGCUUAUGAUCGAAUGAAGUGCUUUCAGUUGACCCUGGAUGCUCAAUCAUUGAACAUAGUCACUAGAUCUCUUUUUCAAGCAAACAAGGCAGACGAAGCAUUCCGAGUUUGGGUUGGGAUGAUUGAAAUGGGAGUGAAAUUAGAUGUACAAGGAUACUCAUCAUUUAUAAUUGGCCUUUGUGAUUGUGGAAAGUAUGACCUAGCUUAUAACAUGGUAAGAAGAUACGCUGUUCUACAAGAGAUAUCCCAAGAGAGGGUUCCAAUUGAAGCCUUCGCGUAUAAUAUGGUAAUUGAUGGACUAUGCAAAGAAAUGAAACUGGAGGAGGCUGAAAAGGUCUUGGAGAUCAAGACCAGACAUGGAUCUACCCCUGAUCUAUAUGGCUAUAGCUAUCUCAUUCAUAGUCAUUGCAAAAUGGGUAACCUAGAGAAGGCAUGGUAUCAUAUUGAAGACAUGGUAUCCCAUGGCAUCGAGAUAAAUUGUCACAUUGUUGGUUCCCUUCUACAGUGCCUCAGGAAAUUAGGCAUGAUAUCUGAAGUUAUUGUGCACUUCCAGAAAUUUAGAGAUUUAGGGCUCCAUCUUGAUGGCGUGCUUUAUAACGUUGCUAUGGAUGCUUAUUGCAAGCUUGGGAACAUGAAUGAGGCAGUUAAGCUACUGAAUGAAAUGAUGGCGGGAGGUUUGGUACCAGACAAAAUCCACUAUACAUGCCUGAUCAACGGUUACUGUCUGAAAGGAGAAACAGAAAAUGCCUGGCAAGUAUUUGAGCAGAUGCUGAAGGCAAACAUAAAACCAGAUGUAGUUACAUAUAACAUAUUGUCCAGUGGAUAUAGCAGGAAUGGCCUUGUUAUGAAGGUAUUUGACCUUCUAGAGCACAUGAUGGAUCAAGGGCUGGAGCCUAAUUCGCUCACCUAUGGUAUAGCUAUUGCUGGUUUUUGUAGAGGAGGCAACUUGAGUGAAGCAGAGGUGUUAUUUAAUAUAGUAGAAGAAAAGGGAAUAGAUAAUAUCGAUGUGUUGUACAGUUCUAUGGUUUGUGGUUAUUUGCACUCAGGCUGGACUGACCAUGCUUACAUGCUUUUUCUUAGAGUUGCUAAACAAGGAAAUAUGGUGGAUCAUUUGUCAUGUUCAAAAUUGAUAAAUGGCCUCUGUAGGGAUGAAAAGGUUCAAGAGGCAUCAACUGUAUGCAGUAUGAUGCUUGAAAAGAAUGUUGUGCCUCAUGUAAUUUCAUAUAGCAAGCUUAUAUCAGCUUAUUGUCAGUCAAGAGAUAUGCGGAAUGCUCACUUAUGGUUCCACGAUAUGGUUGAGCGAGGACUUUCUGAUGUCACUGCAUACACUAUACUGAUGAAUGGUUAUUGCAAGGUUGGUCAGUUGCAAGAAGCAUGUGAAUUAUUUGUUCAAAUGGUAAAUUUAGGAAUCAAGCCUGAUGUAGUCGCAUACACAGUGCUAUUGGAUGGCCACCUAAAGGAGACCCUACAACAAGGGUGGCAGGGCAUCGCUAAGGAAAGGAGGACCUUUUUUCUUAGAACAAAACAUAAGGUGUUGCUGAGCUCUAUGAAAGAAAUGGAAAUUGAACCUGAUGUAACCUGUUACACAGUAUUGAUUUAUGGACAAUGCAAAGCAGAAUAUCUAGAGGAAGCAAGGGGGUUGUUUGAUGAGAUGUUAGCGAAAGGACUUACACCUGAUGUUGACGCAUACACAACUCUUAUAAAUGGAUACUGUAGCCAGGGAGAAAUAGCUAAGGCUGAAGAUCUUUUCCAAGAAAUGAUAGAUAAGGGAAUGAAACCAGAUGUACUGAGCUUUUCAGUAUUACAUCAGAGAACCUUGAGACAUCGAAAGGUUCAUUAAUAUCUGUGAUAUCCUAAAGGUUGUGUUGAUGGAUGCCACUUUGACUGAAGGGGCAUCCUGCCAACGAAAAGGCUGUUUUGUUCUUAGAAUCCUACCAGAUUCGGUCAUGAGUGCUAGUGAUCGGUGUGCCUAUGUGGCUAUGUCAGGAAGGUGGACACCUGGAGCAUAGAAAGACUGCUCUCUCAGCACAUGGGUCCUCAAGGAGAACAAAAUUCAGCUACAUCAGCAUCUGGAUCGACGACUAUCAACGGAGCUGUGCAGACACCAUCGUGGCAAAGCUGGCUGUGGCAUGGCACUGAUGCCAUUUGAGGGUUCCCAGACAACCAAGAGCUAGAAGACAGAGUGUUCGACCCUGAAGCUGGUGAAGUUGGCGAAGGCAAUACUUCCUCUUUCUGGAAAAUGGACAGGGUUCGCAGAGUUGGGUUAAACAGGUUGGAUGGGAGCAUUCGCAAGACUGGAGAAGGCCUCGCGCAUGCGCCAGUUGCAGCGCCGGAGCCAGGCUCGCCGGAACGAAGUUGGUUUUUGUUUCCUGGCAGCCAGGCUGAGUGGCUGCCUUUGCACCCGUUGGGCCAGGCUGAAGGCCUCGUGCAGCCAACCAAACGGUGCACAGGUGCAUCCGACGGGCCAGGUUGGGGCUGCUUCCCCCAACCAAUCACGCCCUGUUUUCGACAAAACUAUUACUACAUUGAACUGCAGGUGGCCUGUGCAGUGCUCAUGCCAUGUUGGUGUCAUCCUAACAGUCCAUGUCGCCAUUAUACUGAUGACUGGAAUGAUGAUGUAUCCAAGGAUGAGCUGGACUCUGAAAUCCCACAUGGCAAUGAGACGAAAUACAGAUACAUAAUAAUGGGAAUGAUAGAUACAUGUAGUCUGUAGAAUCCAUCGCGAUUUCCCCUUGAUAGGUCUCAGGUCUCACUCUAUAUGACUAUAUCAAUCUCCAUGUCAAGUAACAUUUUUAUGUACCUCUAUUGUGCACUAUCCCUCAAGAAGUUAAUACAACAAUCUCUUGUUUAGUGCUCAUAA